AUGAUGUCAUUGCCGCCCCGCGCCGCAGGGAGCCGGCGGUCGCUGCCAGGGCCCCCGGGGAUGCUGCCGGCAGACUUUGUUCUCACCAAGCUAAUGAAAUUGUGUGUUUCAGCUUUAUGCCAGUAUAUACAGGCCUCUAAAACCCGAGAUGGUGCCAGCCGUUUCAUUUCGAGUGCAACAGAAGGGGAGAACUUUGAACAGACUCCAUUAAGACGCACAUUUAAAUCCAAAGUUCUUGCUCGCUAUCCUGAGAAUGUUGAAUGGAACCCUUUUGACCAGGAUGCAGUGGGAAUGCUGUGUAUGCCUAAAGGGCUUGCUUUCAAGACACAAGCAGAUUCCAGAGAACCUCAGUUCCACUCUUUUAUUAUUACUCGUGAAGAUGGCUCACGGACAUUUGGAUUUUCUCUCACGUUUUUUGAGGAAGUUACUAGCAAACAGAUCUGCAGCGCAAUGCAGACGUUGUAUCAUAUGCACAAUGCUGAAUAUGACAUCCUCCAAACUCCACCCACAAAUGACAAGGAUAGCUGCAGCAGCACUGGGGACUGCAAUGGCACUGCUGUUUCAAAGCUACAGCGUUUUAACUCCUAUGACAUCAGCAGAGACACGCUCUACGUCUCAAAGUGCAUUUGUCUGAUUACUCCAAUGUCUUUCAUGAAAGCGUGUAAGAAAGUACUAGAACAGCUUCACCAAGCAGUGACUUCACCUCAGCCUCCACCUCUACCUUUGGAAAGCUACAUCUACAAUAUUCUCUAUGAGGUUCCUCUUCCUCCAGCAGGAAGGUCAUUAAAAUUUUCAGGUGUUUAUGGACCAAUUAUCUGCCAGAGGCCAAGCACCAGUGAACUACCAUUAUUUGAUUUUCCGGUUCAAGAAGUUUUUGAAUUGCUGGGUGUAGAAAAUGUGGUUCAACUCUUUACCUGUGCCCUCUUGGAAUUUCAGAUACUACUUUAUUCACAGCAUUAUCAGAGACUGAUGACUGUGGCAGAGACCAUCACAGCACUAAUGUUUCCAUUUCAGUGGCAGCAUGUGUAUGUUCCUAUCCUUCCAGCAUCCCUCCUUCAUUUUCUAGAUGCUCCUGUCCCUUACCUCAUGGGCUUGCACUCUAAUGGGCUGGAUGACAGGUCUAAGCUGGAACUUCCUCAAGAGGCUAACCUGUGCUUUGUGGAUGUAGACAACCAUUUCAUCGAGCUGCCAGAAGACUUACCCCAGUUCCCAAAUAAACUUGAGUUCAUUCAGGAAAUUUCAGAGACGCUGAUGGCUUUUGGCAUUCCACCUGAGGGAAACCUUCACUGCAGUGAAAGUGCCUCCAAGAUGAAGAGCCUCAGAGCCUGUGACCUGGUGUCUGAUAAAAGAAAUGGGAACAUCGCAGGAUCGCCUUUGAAUUCCUAUGAGCUGCUAAAGGAAAAUGAAACUAUUGCAAGACUCCAAGCACUUGUUAAAAGAACAGGUGUCAGUCUAGAAAAGCUGGAGGUGCGAGAAGAGACCAGUAGCAAAAAGGAUCUUAAAAUUCAAUGUGAUGAAGAAGAAUUCAAGAUUUACCAGCUGAACAUUCAAAUUCGUGAAGUUUUUGCCAACCGCUUUACACAAAUGUUUGCAGAUUAUGAAGUAUUUGUCAUUCAACCCAGUCAAGACAAGGAAUCUUGGUUUACAAACAGGGAACAGAUGCAAAACUUUGAUAAAGCAUCUUUCUUGUCCGACCAGCCUGAACCUUACUUGCCUUUCCUCUCGAGAUUCCUGGAGACCCAGAUGUUUGCAUCUUUUAUUGACAAUAAGAUUAUGUGCCAUGAUGAAGAUGAUAAAGACCCUGUUUUGAGAGUAUUUGAUUCUAGAGUGGAUAAAAUUAGGCUGCUAAACGUUAGGACACCAACUCUGCGCACAUCCAUGUAUCAAAAGUGUACAACCAUUGAUGAGGCUGAGAAAUCUAUUGAAUUAAGGCUAGCAAAAAUCGAUCACACUGCGGUUCACCCACACUUACUGGACAUGAAAAUUGGACAAGGGAAAUACGAGCUUGGAUUUUUUCCCAAGCUUCAGUCUGAUGUUUUAUCCACUGGACCAGCAAGCAACAAGUGGACAAAGAGAAAUGCUCCUGCACAGUGGAGGCGGAAGGACAGACAGAAGCAACACACAGAGCACCUGCGUCUUGACAAUGAUCAGAGAGAGAAAUACAUCCAAGAAGCCAGGAAUCUGGGCAGCACUAUUCGGCAGCCCAAACUGUCUAACCUCUCUCCAUCGGUAAUUGCACAAACAAACUGGAAGUUUGUAGAUUGCCGAAAUAAGACCAAGAGGAUGUUGGUUGAAAAAAUGGGUCGAGAAGCUGUGGAGCUAGGUCAUGGUGAAGUGAAUAUCACAGGUGUAGAAGAGAAUACCCUGAUAGCCAGUCUGUGUGACCUCUUAGAAAGAAUAUGGAGCCACGGUCUGCAAGUCAAACAGGGAAAGUCUGCUUUGUGGUCUCAUCUGUUACACUACCUGGAAAACAGACAGAGAAAAACUACAUCAGGCAGCUUCAGUAGCUCAGGAAUACUUCUUGAUUCAGAAAGGAGAAAGUCUGAUACCAGUCCCGCCAUGUCACCUCUUAGAAUCUCUCUUGUCCAGGAUAUGAGGCAUAUCCAGAACAUUAGUGAGAUCAAAACAGAUGUUGGGAAGGCCAGAGCCUGGGUUCGUCUGUCUAUGGAAAAGAAGUUGCUCUCUAGGCAUCUAAAACAGCUGCUUUCAGAUCAUGAACUCACAAAAAAACUCUACAAGCGUUAUGCGUUCCUCCGCUGUGAUGAUGAGAAAGAACAAUUCUUAUAUCAUCUCCUGUCAUUCAAUGCUGUUGAUUACUUUUGCUUUACCAAUGUUUUCACAACAAUCUUGAUACCAUACCAUAUAUUGAUUGUUCCUAGCAAGAAACUUGGUGGCUCAAUGUUUACAGCCAAUCCUUGGAUCUGUAUCUCGGGAGAACUGGGUGAGACAGGAGUCCUGCAGAUUCCCAGGAAUAUAUUAGAAAUGACUUUUGAGUGUCAGAACCUGGGAAAACUGACCACGGUGCAAAUAGGACAUGAUAAUUCGGGGCUGUAUGCCAAGUGGCUAGUGGAAUAUGUUAUGGUCAGAAAUGAAAUAACAGGGCAUACUUACAAGUUUCCCUGUGGAAGGUGGCUUGGAAAGGGAAUGGAUGAUGGCAGCUUAGAGAGGAUCCUGGUGGGAGAGUUGCUGACUUCCCACACUGAGGCUGAUGAGCGGCAGUGCCGAACCCCUCCUUUGCAGCAGUCACCAAGCAUGAUCAGAAGAUUUGUCACUAUAUCGCCAAACAAUAAGCCAAAGUUAAAUACUGGUCAGAUACAAGAAGCUAUUGGUGAAGCUGUCAAUGGUAUUGUCAAGCACUUCCACAAGCCAGAGAAGGAG